AAGUCGAAGCUCUAGAAAAGAUCCCCGAGCUUCCGAGUUGGAUGACAGUUCAAACGAUUUUUUUUCUCCCAGUUGGAGAUACCCCCCGAGUUCCCAGUUGUCUUGAACGCACUGAAGUCGGAAGUCUGAGAUUUCCGAGUUCCAAAUUCCUAGUUGUUAUGAACGCGGCAUCAGUCUUGUCUAGGGGCUGGGUUUCUGUAUUUUAUCUAAAGAACAAAUCCGUUGAACGCAAAUAUGGAGAGAUAAAGACAUUGAAAAGAAACGGAAGAAGUAUGCCUAUAUUACCAUAAGAUUUUUAAAAUGGCAAUACGGGAACUAAAAGUGUGUCUUCUUGGGGAUACUGGAGUGGGCAAGUCUAGUAUUGUAUGUCGUUUUGUACAAGACCAUUUCGACCACAACAUUAGUCCAACUAUAGGGGCAUCGUUUUUAACCAAGACGGUCCCGUGUGGACACGAACUACACAAGUUCCUCAUCUGGGACACAGCGGGACAGGAAAGGUUCCACUCGCUGGCCCCCAUGUACUACCGAGGCUCUGCAGCCGCUGUCAUCGUCUAUGACAUCACCAAACUGGACUCUUUCCAGACACUGAAGAAAUGGGUGAAGGAGCUGAAAGAACAUGGUCCGGAGGACAUCGUUGUGGCCAUCGCAGGGAACAAAAACGACUUGGGGGACAUCCGGGAAGUUCCUAUGAAAGAAGCUAAGGACUUUGCUGAGUCCAUCGCAGCUAUUUUCAUGGAGACCAGCGCCAGAAACGCUGUCAAUGUGGAGGAGCUCUUUCAGAAGAUCAGUAAACAGAUUCCGCCCCUGGAGAAUCCAGACUUAGACAGUAACGAGUCCUUCAAGAUAACCCGGCAGCCUCCUCCCUCUAACAAACGCUGCUGCUAGUAAGACCCCUUCUGAGUCCCGAAUAGACCCCUACCCCCUAGCACCCUACGCCCUAGGUACUUCAUGUUGAUCUCAAGGGGAUUGGACUGGUGUAGUAUGGUCGAAUAUGUUGGUAACUCUACCUGUCUUAUCUCAAGGAAAGGAAAGGCAAUAUUACCACAUUGUUUACACCGAUCCUAUAUUUUCAGAUCGCUAUGAAGUUGCUCGGCCCUAGGGGUAAGGGGCAAUGGGGCCGGUUUGGAAUUCAGCAUCCGAAUGCCAGUGAGAUUAUCACGGUCUUUGUUUCCAUUCCAUACACAGUUCCAUGGAUCAAGUCUACACAUCCAUCCAUCUUGACACACGGGUCACAAUGUAGCAUUCGUGUACGCAGCGGCUGCAUAGUUCAGCUCCUGAUUGCCCCUUUCGACAGUCCACAAUGCAUAUACAGUACAUGGGUCUCACGGAGAGAGGAGGACAACAAGGCUUUGGCUUUGUGAUCGAUCAGAACCUCUCUCCCCUAUGGUGAACAGAGUGUCCCAAGUCCAGAAACCACCCCUAUAACCCAUAUAAAGCUAGUUGGACAUUUCGCCAUAUUGUACCUAUUCUACCUACCAGAUAUAUCCAGGAUGCAUCACAACCGGGCUGCGAUUGAGAGUCCCAUAGGGCGGGGCACAAUUGGCCCAGCGUCGUCCGGGUUAGGCCCGGUGUUAGGCCCGUCAUUGUAAAUAAUAUUUUUUUUUCUUAACUGACUUGCCUCGGUAAAUAAAGGUUACAUUUCAAAUAUACUCCUGUGCCUUGGUACGGUGUGCUGUAGGUGUCAUUUCCGGAUAUAAAGAGGAACCAGUGUUUUUUUCAGAUGUAAACAUGUUAAUGAAAUGAAGGAAUACUAUGGUACAUAGUGGGCUAUGUUUUCAGUUCAUAUGCAGCAGCACAGAACAAGCAAACAAUUUCAUCCUUUUAGAAAUAGAGAGAGAAAAAAUAAGAAUUUUAAAUUGAGAAUAUAUUUUUUUUUCAUUUAACCUUUAUUUAACUAGGCAAGUCAGUUAAGAAUAAAUUCUUAUUUACAAUGACGGCCUACCGGAAAUUUAAAAACGUGUUAAUUAAAAUAACUUUUGACUUUCCGUAUACGUAUACGAUAUAGAGCUUAUGAAUUCUCAUUCCCGAACAAUGCAGUCAACAGAUGUGUUGAUCCAGUGAUUGUAUUGUUUCACCGUUGUUCCAGUAUUACAAUGACAGGAGUUAAUAUCCAUUUAUUGCAUGAAUUUGGUCUCGCCGACCGUCGUUGUCUUUUGUCCCCCAUUGAACGCUUGUAAAUUCUGGAGAGAAAAAAAAAGAAACGUCCAUUUUUCAGGACCCUGUCUUUCAAAGAUAAUUCGUAAAAAUCCAAAUAACUUCACAGAUCUUCAUUGUAAAGGGUUUAAACACUGUUUCCCAAUGCUUGUUCAAUGAACCAUAAACAAUUCAUGAACAUGCACCUGUGGAACGGUCGUUAAGACACUAACAGCAUACAGACGGUUGGCAAUUAUGGUCACAGUUAUGAAAACUUAGGACACUAAAGAGGCCUUUCUACUGACUCUGAAAAACAUCAAAAGAAAGAUGCCCAGAGUCCCUGCUCAUCUGCGUGAACGUGCCUUAGGCAUGCUGCAAGGAGGCAUGAUGACUGCAGAUGUGGCCAGGGCAAUAAAUUGCAAUGUCCGUACUGCGAGACGCCUAAGACAGCGCUACAGGGAGACAGGACGGACAGCUGAUCAUCCUCGCAGUGGCAGACCUUGUGUAACAACACCUGCACAGGAUUGGUACAUCCAAACAUCACACCUGCAGGACAGGUACAGGAUGGCAACAACAACUGCCCGAGUUACACCAGGAACGCACAAUCCCUCCAUCAGUGCUCAGACUGUCCGUAACAGGCUGAGAGAGGCUGGACUGAGGGCUUGUAGGCCUGUUGUAAGGCAGGUCCUCACCAGACAUCACCGUUAACAACGUCGCCUAUGGGCACAAACCCACCAUCGCUGGACCAGACAGUGCUCUUCACUGACGAGUCGCGGUUUUGUCUCACCAGGGGUGAUGGUCGGAUUCACGUUUAUCGUUGAAGGAAUGAGCAUAUCACCGAGGCCUGUACUCUGGAGCGGGAUCGAUUUGGAGUGGAGGGUCCAUCAUGGUCUGGUGCGGUGUGUCACAGCGUCAUCGGACUGAGCUUGUUGUCAUUGCAGGCAAUGUCAACGCUGUGCGUUACAGGAAAGAUUUCCUCCCUCUUGUGGAACCCUUCCUGCAGGCUCAUCCUGAUGCCACCAGCCAUACUGCUAGUUCUGUGAGUGAUUUCCUGCAAGACAGAAAUGUCAGUGUUCUGUUAUGGCCAGCGAAGAGCCUGGAUCUCAAUGGAUCGGAGGGUGAGGGCUAGGGCCAUUCCCCCAGAAAUGUCCAGGAACUUGCAGGUGCCUUGGUGGAAGAGUGGGGUAACAUCUCACAGCAAGAACUGGCAAAUCUGGUGCAGUCCACGAGGAGGAGAUGCACUGCAGUACUUAAUGCAGCUGGUGGCCACACCAGAUACUGACUGUUACUGUUGAUUUUGACCCCCCCCCUUUGUUUGGGGACACAUAAUUCCAUUUCUUGUAGUCACAUGUCUGUGGAACUUGUUCAGUUUAUGUCUCAGUUGUUGAAUCUUGUUAUGUUCAUACAAAUAUUUACACAUGUUUAAGUUUGCUGAAAAAUAAAUGCAGUUGACGGUGAGAGGACGCUUCUUUUGUUUCUUUUUUUGCUCAGUUUAUAUGUACAUGCCUGUAUAGCACACAUGUAGAAUAUGUAUUUCUGCGAAUGUACUGUAUAAGAUGUUCAUAAUGUAUAUGAAGGUCUAGGUUGCAUGAGCACAUAAAUGCAUUGUAGGGCGGCAGGUAUCCUAGCGGUUAAGAACUUUUGGGCCAGUAACCGAAAGGUCGCUGGUUCGAAUCCCCAAGCCUAUUAGGUGUAAAGAUCUGUCAAUGUGCCCUUGCGCAAGGCACUUAACCCUGAUUGGUCCUGUAAGUUGCUCUGGAUAAGAGCGUCUGUUGAAUGACUAAAAAUGUCAAAUAAUUUGUACUGGUUAAAAUGGACAUUAUCUCAUAGAACAAGAUGUAGAAGAGCUCCUCAGCCUGUGUUAACCUCUGACCUUAUAUUUGUAGUUUAUUCCAGAACCCCAUUCUUUUCCCCAUAUAGAACCAGAGGUAGAAAAUGGUAACACAUUUCUGCUUUUUAUGACUACAAGCGGGUGCACUCUAUAAGCCAGAUGCAGAGACAGAUAGGCACAUCGUUAUUUUAUUUUUCAACCUUUAUUUAACUAGGUAAGUCAGUUGAGAACAAUUUUUUAUUUACAAUUAUUAAUCCCCUAGGAACAGUGGCUGCCUGUUCAGGGGCAGAACGACAGAUUUGUACCUUGUCAGCUUGGGGGUUUGAACUUGCAGCCUUCCGGUUACUAGUCCAACGCUCUAACCACUAGGCUACGCUGCCGCCCCAUUGACUGCGUCCGUGUAGAAAAACAGCAGACCCACAGGCUUUUGGAUUUGACCGCUUAUAUGUUAUUUUAUUUGUAGUUUGAGCACUUUUUAAUGGGAAAAUGUUAAUUCAGUAUUAGGUUUUUGAUGACUACAUUCCUUUACGAUUGCCCAUCAAAUCGCCACGGUGGAUUGAAAUGUACACCGGACUGAAUGGGAUAUGGAGUUCACAGCAACACUGCAAUGCCAUAUUGUAAAAAAAAAAAUGUUUUGUACUUUGCAGGUAGAUAUAAUAUUGUUUUGUUACUAUCAGGAUUUUAUACAAUAUUUUGAAUUAGUCAGUGUACAGAUAUGAACCAUGAGAUGUUAACACACAAUACUGUUCUGGACUCUUCUGUACAAGUGUGGCAACAGUCAAUAAUCUGAUCAAACUAGAUUUGCACAUUUCUUGCCCUGAAUGCCUGCCUACACAGUCCAUUGUGCAAUGUAAACAAAGUGCUUUUUUUGUGUUCGUUUUUUCCAUCUGUAGACAUAAAUCGAAUAUGACAUGGAUGUAUUAUUGUUGUGUGCUUGAGUGAAGUUCUACCCUUUUCCAUAUCCUAUGCAGACCAGAUUAACAUCUGAUAUAUUCAUCUGUAUAAUAAUAAAAUGGUCAUUUCUA